CGGCCCGGUUACCUUCAUCUUCAAAAGCAAAUUGCUGAGAGAGAGAGAAAGGGAGAGAGAUGGCCCAAACUCAAAUUCAAUCCCUGAUGAAAGGGAUGGUUUUAAGGAGCUUCUUCAAGAGCUUUCCCUCUUCUACAUCAAACAGAAUACCGAAAUCUCUUCCUACUCAAAUCCACUUCCGAGGAAAGUCCUUCUCUACUUGUGCUGGUGCUAGUAGCAGCAGUAACAGCUCCACUAGAGAUUUCCUGUCGUUAUCGGACGAGCAGCUGAUGGCCCAGUGCGACAUGGACACCUUCAAGGCAUCGGGUCCCGGCGGCCAGCACCGUAACAAGCGAGAGAGUGCCGUCCGCCUCAAGCACACCCCCACCGGAAUCAUCUCCCAGGCUGUGGAGGACCGGUCACAGCAUAAGAAUCGUGCGUCAGCCCUAGCUCGUUUACGCACUCUUUUGGCUCUUAAAGUCAGGAAUGCGAUAGACCUCGAAGAAUACAAGCCUCCUCUGGAACUUCUUCAGAUUCUUCCUGCAAAGUCGACGAUUAGAGGGUCGGACGUCGGUCCCCAAAUUGGACCCAAUAACUCAAAGUUUGCAUUGGGAAUGAGAGCAUUAUUGGAUCUGAUUUAUGCUGUUGAUGGUUCUGUAGCAGAUGCAGCAAAACAUUUGGGGUUAAGCACAGGUGCUCUAGCACGGUUGAUAUUAUCGGACGAUUCUCUCCGUAAGGAAGUUAAUGAGCUGAGGACAUCUAAGGGUAUGAAGCCACUCAAGUGAGAUGAGAUUCAUGAGAAGAUUAUGUACAGAAGGUGAUGUAUUUUGCUUUUGAAAUGAGGGAUGCCAUUAUGCAGAUUGCUGCACAAAGUUCUAUGCAGUUCCCUCCUAACAGUGCACAUGGAAAUACGUCUGGUGAUGAGCAUUGUUGAUAUGGUGAUCCAACAUGUAGAUGGCCACAUUUCAAAGAUUGAAGUGACUAGGCAAAUGUAACAUCCACAUGUUGUGAGUUUUGCUGGUUGAA